CGGAGAGCGUGAUUAUCUUGAUUUUUACCUGACCAAAACCUGCCAUUGGCAUUUACAUCACCAAGAUAUUACCGACCAUUCGUCAACAGGGCACUGCCAGUAUGUGGACACCUUUACUAUGGUGCACGAGAGUAUUCAUAAUAGUGAUGCUCACCAGCCUGAGAUCUCUGAAUAGCCAGCAUUCUACAGAUCACUCUAGGGCUGGUGCUCAAAGCCCCGAGCUCGAGCAGGAGCUUCCAGCCCAGCAGGGGGCGCCCUCUGGCUCAUGGGGGUCCUGGGGACCUUGGGCCGAGUGCUCCCGCAGCUGUGGUGGUGGGGCUCAGGAGCAGACGAGGCCCUGCCUGCCGUAUUCUACACCCGUGGCGCCCCACUACCCCGGCUCUCACCCCGGCGGUCAGCCCCUGUCGCCAGGCCUGGUGGUGUCUGCUCUGCGCCCAUCUGUGCCACUGUACCGCAACACUGGGCACCCUCCUCGUGCCAAUAACUCACAGACGGGUGAUGCCAGGACUCAGCCGCGAGUGAGCCGCCCUGAGAGAAGGCGUGGAGAUGGGCCCAUCGUCCCGGGGAAGUACGGCUACGGCCGCAUGCCGUACGUGGUGCCCCUUCAGAGAGACCCAGCAGGCUCCCCCCACCAGCGCUCACACCGACAAAGACGCUCCGCCUACAGGGACGGCCGGCCCAACAGCCCCCGGCAGACAGCCAGACCUAACAGCCCCUACUACGGCUACGGUGGCUCCCACCACCAGGCCCCCGUCUCACAGCCCUGGGGCAGCUCGGCCUGGGUACCCCUGCACCAGCCCGGCACCAACCCGCCGCAGGCCUCGGCCAGAAUGGCCACAGCUGCGGCCAGGCCCUACAACCCGCUGCCGGACUCCUCUUGCGUUGGCUCACCCAAGCAGCACAGGAUCUGCAACACCAGUCCCUGCCCAGCCUCCAGCAGGAGUAUUAGGGAGGUGCAGUGCUCCUCCUACAACAACCAGCCCUUCAUGGGCCGCCUGUACGAGUGGGAGCCCUUCAACGAGGUUCCUGGAGACCAACACUGUGAACUGAACUGUCGAGCCAUCGGGUUCCGAUUCUACGUACGACAGUCUGACCGGGUCAUUGACGGAACGCCGUGUGGACAGAACGACUCCUCCAUCUGUGUGGCCGGAAGGUGCCAGACGCUGGGCUGUGAUGAGUACCUGGGCAAGGUGAUGGACAGGUGUGGGGUGUGCGGCGGAGACAACACGGCAUGCCGGCUGGUGUCGGGCCAGUUCAAGCACAGCCUGACCAAAGUGGGCUAUCACAAGAUUGUGGAGAUCCCAGAGGGGGCCACCAAGAUCAACAUCACCGAGAUGGUGAAGAGCCGCAACUACCUCGCUCUGCGCAGUCGAUCAGGACGCUCCAUCAUCAAUGGCAACUGGGCCAUCGACCGGCCAGGGAGGUACGAAGGCGUCGGGACCAUGUUCACGUACCGGCGGCCCAACGAGAUCAGCAGCACGGCAGGCGAGUCCUUCGUGGCGGAGGGGCCUACCAACGAGAUCCUGGACGUCUUUAUGAUCUAUCAGCAGCCCAAUCCUGACAUUCACUAUGAGUUCAUCCUUCCCCUGGAUAACAGCCGAGGCCCCCAACUCCCCACUGAUGGCGGUGCAGGAGGGAACGCAGUUAACGGCCAAGGUGUGACUGACCGCUACGACGGCUACAGCGGGUCCAACCAGGGGUCUCAGGGUGGAUACCCUUCCCUGGUGCCGGACAACCAGUUACCACAGCCGCAGCCUCCCCGCUGGCAGCGGGAGUACAAUUGGAAGCUCACCGGCACCACAGACUGCAGCGCCACCUGUGGCAAAGGCAGCAGGUACUCUGUGUUUAACUGCGUCCACAGAGUGACCCAUGCGCACGUGUCAGAGACACUGUGUGACCGCGCCACCAAGCCCAGUCCUCAGGAGGAGCCCUGCAAUACAGAACCCUGUCCAGCCUUCUGGGACAUUGGUGAGUGGUCAGAGUGUAGCAGGACUUGCGGCCUGGGCAUGCAGCACCGGCAGGUUCUGUGCCGACAGCUGUACGCCAACCGCACCCUCAAUGUGCACACCAGCCGCUGUCGCCACCUGGAGCGGCCCGAGACGGCCAGCACGUGCCAGCUCAAGAUCUGCAGCGAGUGGCAGAUCCGCUCCGAGUGGAGUCCCUGCUCAGUGCCGUGUGGAGUGGGGCAGAAGAGGCGAGACGUCCACUGCCUCAGUAACGUGGGCGACGUUGUCGCAGAUGAGGAGUGCAACAUGAACCUGAGGCCCAACGACGUGGAGAACUGUGACAUGGGACCCUGCGCCAAGAGCUGGUUCUUCACCGAGUGGGGUAGUCGGUGUUCUGCAGAAUGUGGGAUGGGUUUGCGAACCCGUGGAGUCCUGUGCCUAACCAAUCACAUUAGCAGUCUGCCACUGGAGGGCUGUGGCUCAGAGCGCCCCCCAGAGACUCAAGUGUGCAACAACGGACCAUGCGACAGUCGCAUAGAGUGGUACACUGGGCCUUGGAGUCAGUGUUCUGCCGACUGUGGCCGAGGGACACAGCAGAGAUUGGUGGCGUGCCUGAUGAGCUCGGUCGACGGCUUCACUGUGAUGCCCCAGUACGAGUGCUCGUCCCUGGAUAAGCCCCUCGGCCAGCAGAGCUGCGAGAUUAAAGCCUGCGGGACCAAGUGGUACCACACUGACUGGAGUUCGUGUUCCAAGACAUGCGAGGGUGGCUUCCGGAUCAGGGAGGUGCGCUGCCUCUCGGAUGACCUCCAGUCUACAGAGGGCUGCGAGGAGCACCUGCGUCCGCCGGACAAAGAGGAGUGCAAUCCUCAGCCCUGCAUCCCUGAGAUAGAUGAGAACUGUCGGGACAAAUACUUCAACUGCAACGUGGUGGUCCAGGCUCGCCUGUGUGUGUACAACUACUACAGGAAUGCCUGCUGUGCGUCCUGCUCGCGUGUACCCCACAGGGCCUCGGGGUUCAGAGGCCAACGAUAGCACCCCCGUCCUGGGCUUCACUUCUCCAGUUGGCCCCCUGAACCUCUGGGUCCCCCCAGACCCAGAUUACACAGAGCCCUGUGCAUCGCAUACACCGGCCCCUCGGGAAGCACUAUGGGAGUGAGCCGUUCACAGACUCAUUACGCUGACCUAACGGAGUGCUUGGGAAUGAUACUUGGAUAAUGUUUGGGCCUUUCUGAAGAGACCACAUGGAUAAAAACAUAACACUUGGUGAUUAAAGGGGGGG